AUGCAAGGCAUGCAAAUGCAACAACCAACUGCUCCUGCUCCUACUCCUCAGGCUGCAGCAGGGCCUGACUUUCGUGCUUUCUUUCGGAUGGAUCCGCCGGAGUUCUUGGGUGGCUUGGAUCCGGUGAUUGCUCAUGAUUGGUUGUACGGCAUGGAGAUGAUAUUUCAGGCCAUUCAGUGCACAGAAGAAGAGAAGGUGAUCUUUGCUGCUCAGAAAAUGAAGGGACCAGCAGGUAGAUGGUGGAAUACAGAAUCUACGUAUUUCACUAACCAAGGUAUUCCAAAGGAUUGGCAACAUUUCAAGACAGCUUUCUUGGAGAAGUACUACCCCAACAGUGUGCGUGCUCUGAAGGAGCAUGAGUUUCAGUCCUUCAAACAAGGCAACAUGUCAGUGUCUGAGUAUGCGGAGAAAUUCGAAGACAUGGCUGCCUAUUCUAGACAAGCUGCCUAUGCACCAGAUGAGUUAUGGAAGAUCGAUCAGUUUCUCAUGGGGCUGAAUGCGGAUAUUGUACACAGUGUGUCUCAAAGGGAGUUCACCACCUAUGCUGAGUGUUUGAGGCAAUGCUAUGUUGCUGAGAACACAUUGAAGAGGGUUCAGGAAGAGAAAAAGCAGAACAAGCCGGUUCGUAGGGAUCAAGGGAGGUCGGGGCAGCAUUUGAAACCCCGCAAUUCUCCAACUAUUAACAAGCCAGUUUAUGGAGAUCGUUCUAAUCAACCUCCUCAGUGUGGAAAGUGCAAUAGGAGGCAUUAUGGGAAUUGCUCAUUCGAUGCGAAGAAGUGUUUCAAGUGUGGAAUGACGGGUCACUUUGCGAGGUAUUGUACAGCCCCGGAUGUUCCGGAAAAGACUAAAGGUCGCAUUUACACUUUGGAUGCUAGGAAGGCUCAAGGAAACACCAAUCUUGUUGCUGGUACGUGUUAUGUUAAUAAUCAGCCCUUGUUUGUGUUAGUUGAUUGUGGAGCAACACAUUCCUUUGUUUCCUAUCAUUGUGCGAGGAGGCUUGGUUUUGAAGCAAGUCCUCUCCCGAAUCCUAUGAUUAUCUCGUCAGCUACUGAUGACGUAGUAGAAGCUCGAGAAGUUUGCAAGGAGUGUUCUAUUACUUUCAAUGGUCGUAGAUUCUUGAUUGAUCUCAUUUGUCUACCUCUUAAGAAGAUCGAUGUAGUACUUGGUAUGGACUGGUUGUCAGCUAACUCGGUGUACAUCGGUUGUAAAGAGAAGGCUAUCUUCAUUCCUGCUGAGGAGACAACAUCAACCGAUGCCAUUGAACAUCUUCUUGAAGGUACGAUUAACAUGGUCAACUACCUUUUUGCUCAAGAGAAGUCUUUCCUUUUGGUUCUUACGUCAGAAUCCAAGGACAAGAAGAGUGUAUUGGAGAUUCCGGUUGUGUGUGAAUUUUCCGAUGUAUUUCCUGAGGAUGUUACUUCUCUUCCGCCGGAAAGGGAAGUUGAAUUCUCUAUUGAUCUUGUUCCGGGUACCGCUCCAGUUUCUAUUGCCCCUUAUCGAAUGUCUCCUGUAGAGCUAAGGGAGUUGAAGAGUCAGCUAGAAGAGUUGUUGGCGAAACACUUCAUUCGUCCUAGUGUUUCUCCAUGGGGAGCUCCAGUCUUGUUAGUGAAGAAGAAGGAUGGUAGUAUGCGUUUGUGCAUCGACUACCGACAGUUGAACAAGGUGACCAUAAAGAACAAGUAUCCUCUGCCGCGGAUUGAUGACCUCCUGGAUCAAUUGAAAGGAGCCUGUGUGUUCUCGAAGAUUGACCUCAGGUCGGGAUAUCAUCAGAUUCGGGUUAAGAGUUCGGAUGUAUCUAAGACUGCUUUUAGGACGAGAUACGGUCAUUAUGAGUUCUUGGUUAUGCCAUUCGGGAUAACCAAUGCUCCUGCUGUCUUUAUGGAUUACAUGAACCGAGUGUUCCAACCGUAUUUGGACCAGUUCGUGGUAAUCUUCAUAGAUGACAUCUUGAUCUACUCUCGGACUAUUGAAGAGCACAUGGAGCAUUUGAGGAUUGUGUUGUCGGUUCUUAGAGAAAAGCAGUUGUUUGCAAAGUUUAGCAAGUGUGAGUUCUGGAUGUCUGAAGUCAAAUUUCUUGGACAUGUCAUAUCUGGCGGCGGCGUAGCUGUAAACCCUUCAAAGGUAGAAGCAGUGAUAAAUUGGGAACGACCCAAGAAUGCAACUGAGGUCCGUAGUUUCCUAGGCUUGGCAGGUUACUACCGGAGGUUCAUUAUGGGCUUUUCCAAGUUGGCGUUACCCUUGACCAGGCUUACAAGGAAGGAGGUUUCGUUUAGUUGGAAUUCAGAAUGUGAGAAGAGUUUUCAGAAACUCAAGGAAAAGUUGACUACGGCUCCAGUGUUGGUGAUUCCAGAUCCAAACCGAUCUUACGAAGUGUUCUGCGAUGCUUCUAAGAAAGGUUUAGGUGGAGUGUUGAUGCAAGAUGGACAGGUUGUAGCUUAUGCAUCGAGACAGUUGAGAUCUCAUGAAGAGAUUUAUCCUACUCAUGACCUUGAACUCGCUGCAAUUGUGUUCGCACUUAAGGUGUGGCGACAUUACUUGUAUGGAGUUCACUUUGAGAUGUUUAGUGAUCACAAGAGUUUGAAGUACCUCUUUGAUCAAAAGGAACUUAACAUGCGUCAGAGGAGAUGGAUGGAGUACUUGAAGGACUUUGACUUUGAUUUGAAGUACCAUCCCGGUAAAGCUAAUAAGGUAGCGGAUGCCUUGAGUAGAAAGGAGAUAAAAGUUGCAGAACUGAUGAUGUUGGAGUUUGGCCUUAUGGAGAAGUUCAGAAAUUUGGAUUUACAAUUUGAGUGGGCACCAACGGGUGUAUUGAUUAGUAGCUUGUGUAUUGAGAAUGAGUUGCGGGAAAGGAUCCGUCAAGCAUACAAAUUCACCAUCCAUCCCGAAUCGACCAAGAUGUAUCAAGACUUAAAAGGGAAUUUUUGGUGGCCUGGUAUGAAGAGAGAUGUGGCUGAUUAUAUAGAGCAGUGCGUGAUUUGCCAACAAGUGAAGAUAGAGCACCAAAGGCCCGGUGGUAUGUUGCAACCAUUGGAUAUUCCUGUUUGGAAAUGGGACAGUAUAUCCAUGGACUUCAUUGUGGGACUACCACGGGUAUUAGGUGGGCAUGACUCAAUAUGGGUGAUAGUGGACCGUUUGACUAAGUCCGCGCAUUUCUUACUGGUUAAGACAACUCAUAAGGUUUCUCACCUUGCGAGGCUUUUUGUAGUAGAGAUUGUAAGAUUGCAUGGUGUACCUUCUAACAAGAUGAAACAAGCCCAAGAUCGACAAAAGAGUUAUGCGGAUAAGCGGAGAAGACCCUUGGAAUUUGACGUAGGAGAUCAUGUAUUCUUGAAGGUGACUCUGAGGUUGAGGUUGAAAGGACCGUUCAAAACGCGCAAGCUUAGCCCGAGGUACGUAGGCCCCUAUCAGAUCAUGAGACGGAUAGGUGAAGUCGCAUACCAGUUAGCGUUGCCUCCUUCACUAUCAGGACUGCAUGACGUAUUCCACGUAUCUCAGCUGCGGAAGUUUGUGCCGGACUCGUUUCAUCCUAUCCUACCAGAUACGAUUGAAGUAGAACCAGAUCUUUCAUUCCAACCGAAACCGUGUCGUAUUCUGGAGUAUGCUAGUAAGUCUUUGAGAAGCAAGGAGACACCUCUUGUCAAGGUGUUGUGGGAAGAGUCGUGUCCUGACGAAUCUACUUGGGAGCUCGAAUCAGAGAUGCGGGAGUUGUAUCCUCACCUAUUCUGGUAA